AUGCAGCAUUUGCAGUUAAUCAGGACCAAAUCACUUCGGCCAGUUGAAACUCCACAUCCGAGUCGCUUGCACGUGCUGCAUGUGUCAGCUUUCCAAUUGGUGAUAACGCAGGAGGAGGUCGUGCACGUUCCAAAGGUCAUGGAGCAGGAGCCGGCGACAAAUUUCCACGUAGAAGAGUGGGUUGACAUACCGAUCAAGUCUCGCGUGGAGAAGAUCGUGCACAUCCCCAUCAUCCGUGAAGAACAAAGACUAAUCCAAAAUCCUUUAGAGGUUGUCGUCGAGGUCGCGCAGCCUCAAGUGGUGGUCAAGGUGGUGGAGGUUCCGAAGAUCACUGUGGAGGAGAAGAUCAUCAAGGUACCCAAGAUCACGCGCACCGUGGUGGACACUGCUGCAUGGCUGCACUGGCAUAGUAUAACCAAACAACGAUAUUCUACAUAG